AUGAAGGAAUACUGUUCUAUUCAACCUAUUAUCCCUGAUACAACUACGUAUUUGGUGUUAUUGAUAGGUUGUGCAGAUUUAGUAUCUCCAACCAAAGGAAAAACAUUAAUUAAAGAGAUACAAGAAAAACAACUAGAUAGUUCUGAGAUGAUCAAAUCUGCAAUGUUGACAUUCUAUUCCAAAACUUGCAACCAGAAAAAGACAACCGAAAUAUUAACAGAUAUACUAAGCAGCAACCCCUCCAUUAUGUCAUAUAAUUGUAUUUUAGCAAGUUAUGCUCGUCAUGGACAGGGUAAAAAAGCUUUGAAUUUAUUCAAGUCUAUGGUUAAAAACAGUGUACAACCUAAUGGAGAUACUAUCACAAUUAUUUUGAAUGCCUUGUCACAUAGUGGAAUGGUUGAAGAGGCCAUAAAGAUUUACAGCACAAUAGAGACACUCAAAAUAAUCCCAUCACCAUCCCAUAAAACAGUAAUGGUUGAUGUUUUUGCGAGGGCUGGAUUAUUUAAUGAAGCUGAACAGCUCAUUGGAGACAGUACUGAGGCAAUACUAUGGCGAACACUCAUGGCAGGAUGUAGAAAGCAUAAUAAUAUAGAGAUAGCAGAAAAAAUAUUCGAAAUUUUAACAAAAAUAGAACCAACCGAUCCAUCUCCUUACAUACUGCUAUCAAAUAUUUACAUGUUUAAAGGAAAUAAUACUAAGGCAAGUGAAAUAAGAGGUUUGAUGGUACAACAAGGCAUUAAAAAAAUUCCUGGAAUUGUUUAUAGUGAAGAUAAAGGUACAACCUAUCAAUUCAUUUCUGGUUCCAGUAAUUACCCAUUGUUUACAGAAGUGGAGAAUAAGCGAAAAGAGAUUUAUCAAAAAAUUAUUGGUGCUGGUUAUGUAUCAGAUACUAGAUGGGUUACAAACGCUCAACUAAUAUCUGAGGAGGAAAAGAUUGAUUCUUUAUGCAGACACGCAGAAAAAAUAGCAAUCUCCCAUGCUUUUGUUUUGCAACCAAAUAGAAAAAAGAUACUUUUAACAAGUAAUUUGAGAGUUUGUAAUGACUGUCACAAUGCCAUAGCUUACAUUUCAAAAGAAAUGAAUGUGGAAAUAGUUGUAAGAGAUGCAAACAGAUAUCAUCACUUCAAAAAUGGUAAAUGUAGCUGCAAUGAUUAUUGGUAA